AUGGAUGACACUGAAAGAAGAAGCGCUAAGCGGUCGCGAUUCGACCAGACCGAACCAGAGCCUAAGAGGGCUUCGAGAUUUGAUCGCCGCUCAAGGUCACCUCCUGCGAGAAAGCAUGAAUCCAUCCGCGAGAGAAGCCCUUUGAGAGAUGCUGCCCCUCCCGCCCCAGACUCGCCCAAGAAGUCGCCUCUGGAUCCCGCUGCCGCUGCCGCUGCCGCCGCCGCCAAGAUCAAUGCCCAGCUUCAAGCUCGAAAGGGGAUUCAGCACGUCGAUGUUCCACCGGUUAGGUCAUCAUCGGUCUCAUCUGCUACCAAGCCUUCAGACGCUGGCGGCGCAUCAAGUGGCACCAUCAACGGUGAGAUUUACAUUGCAGAUGGCGACUACAUUAAGGACAUAGAAGUCAAUGAUCUUCGAAACCGUUAUCUCCUGACCAAGGGGUCUACUCAGAAAAUGAUUAAAGAUGAGACCGGCGCUGAUGUCACCACCCGUGGAAGCUACUACCCAGAUAAGAGCAUGGCCACUGCAGUCAAUCCUCCUCUCUAUCUGCAUGUUACAAGUACAUCGAAGGAGGGUCUUGAGAAGGCGGUCGAGAAGAUUGAGGAAAUGAUGAAGCAGGAGCUCCCUCAGCUGGUCGACGAACGUCGCUUCCGACGCCGAGACCAAGAGCAAGUUGAGCGAGAUGAAUUCGGUCGACGCAAAUGGCCUGAAGAAAGAAUUCCGAUCACGCUUGAGUCAGUUCCGGGUUUCAAUCUUCGAGCACAAGUUGUUGGUCACGGCGGCGCAUAUGUCAAACACAUUCAACAGGAGACGGGUUGCCGCGUUCAGAUCAAAGGCCGCGGCUCUGGCUAUCUAGAGACGGCCACUGGGCGUGAGAGUGACGAGGACAUGUAUCUUCAUGUCACCGGGCCGGAUCCCAACAUGGUCCAGAAGGCAAAAGAGCUCUGUGAAGACUUACUUGCCAAUGUCCAGGAACAAUACGAGGAGUUCAAGAGCCGGCCACCACGCAAUUAUGGUGGUUCCGGAGGCUACAGCGAUCGACAUGGCAGCCAUUCUGGGUCAUACCAAGGCUAUGGCGGUUACAACUCUCCCGCACCAGGAGCCGGCAAUUCCGCGUCCCCGCCCCCUGGAGCUAGCGGUACUCCUUCGACAACUGAUUACAGUCAAUAUGCCCAAUACUACGCGAACGCAGGCGCUGGAGCUAAUGGCCAGGAUCCUUACGCAGCCAGCAGCAAGGCAGCCCUGCCCCUCCAGGUGCUUCGGCGUCACCUCCACCUCCUCCGAGUGAAGCUCCUCCUCCGCCACCACCAUCUAGCUCAGCUCCGCCUCCGCCUCCAGGAGGAGGUAGCUACGGUGCAGAAUUAUGAUCCGCCGUCUGCCAUGAGCCAUCAGCGUUACCCGUCUCAUGAUCCUGUCAAGGAACCUCAUUCGAUUUCAUUGAAAGUCUUGCGGCUUUCUCGACCUUCUCUUGUCGCACAGCACCCCCUGCAGCCGCCGUUAUCUACACCGUCCGCUCACUCAGCACCUUUGGCAGCAUCUCUGGCCUACAGCUCCAAUGGCGGGACCAAUCCCGAGCCGUUCAUCUUGAGCCCUAUCCUAAACCUUCCUCCGUCCUUUGGCUCUGCCUACGUCGGAGAGACGUUCAGCUGCACACUCUGUGCAAACCAUGAUGCGCCAGAGACUGAUUCGAAUCUGGAGGGAGGACCCACCGCCCCCGCUGCUAAGCAAAUACGGGAUGUACGCAUCGAGGCUGAGAUGAAGACCCCGGGGUCUGCGUCCGCCGUCAAGCUGGAUCUUGGCCCUGGUGCCGCCGACGCCAACAGCAAAGGGGUGGACUUGACACCGGGGCAGACAUUACAAAGGGUAGUCAACUUUGAUCUCAAGGAGGAGGGAAGCUACGUGCUGGCUGUUACCGUCAGCUAUUAUGAGGCAACGGACACGAGCGGCCGGACGAGGACAUUUAGGAAGCUGUAUCAGUUCAUAUGCAAGGCCUCGCUCAUCGUCCGAACAAAAGCCGGCCCGCUAGCUGCUACGGAAAAGGGGGGCAGGAAAUGGGUCCUCGAAGCGCAGUUGGAGAAUUGCAGUGAGGAUACGAUUCAGCUGGAUCGAGUUCUGCUAGACUUGGAGCCCAGCUUGUCAUACACAGACUGCAACUGGGAGUCAAGUCGGGGCUCCAGGCCGUCAAUGCACCCUGGUGAGGUCGAGCAGGUGUGCUUCGUUGUUGAGGCGCCCGCUCAAGGACAAGAAGGGGUUAAGGAGCAGGAUGGACGAAUCACGUUUGGAACGCUCGGCGUUGGUUGGCGGAGUGAGAUGGGGAAUCGAGGCUUUCUGUCAACAGGGAAGCUUGGAACUCGGUACGUUUAA